GCUCAGGUGAUAACCAAACACAUUAGCUUUCUGUUUCUAAAGAGGAAGAAGUGCGACACAUCAUGUGACAUUUCCUUCUUAAAUAUCAAGCAGGAAAACGCAGCUCAGUGUGCUUUUAACGCAGAGGCAACGAUGAGUCCGGCAGAUCAAGGUGUGGUGUUGGGGAGCCUGUUGCUCCUCAGCCUGUGUGUCGGGGCAGCAGCCAUGUUUGACAACAGGCUGGAUGUCCACUGGGACCUGUGGAAGAAGACACACAAGAGGAAAUACCAAAGUGAGGUGGAGGAUGCGAGCCGCAGGGAAUUGUGGGAGAAAAACCUGAUGCUCAUUAACAUGCACAACCUGGAGGCCUCAAUGGGACUUCACAGCUACGAACUGGGCAUGAACCACAUGGGAGACCUGACAACAGAGGAGAUCCUGCAGCUGUACGCCACACUCGCUCCUCCCACCGACAUCCAGAGGGCACCAUCCCCCUUCGCUGGGGCAACAGGAGCUGAUGCGCCCGACACCGUGGACUGGAGGGACAAGGGCUGCGUCACCAGCGUCAAGAUGCAGGGCUCCUGUGGCUCCUGCUGGGCCUUCAGUGCUGUAGGGGCCUUGGAGGGCCAGCUGGCCAAGAAAACAGGGAAGCUGGUGGACCUCAGCCCCCAGAACCUGGUGGACUGUUCGUCCAAAUAUGGCAACCACGGCUGCAAUGGGGGCUUAAUGCACCACGCCUUCCAGUAUGUCAUCGACAACCAGGGCAUCGACUCUAAUGUUGGGUACCCCUACGUAGGACGGACAGGAACGUGCCGCUACAACCCUGCGUAUCGUGCCGCCAACUGCUCGAGCUACAGCUUCCUGCCUGAGGGGAACGAAGGGGCUCUGAAGCAGGCGCUCGCCACCGUCGGACCCAUUUCAGUGGCGAUCGAUGCCACACGGCCCAGAUUUACUUUCUACAGGAGCGGUGUGUAUGACGACCCGUCCUGCAGCCAGGACGUAAACCAUGGGGUGUUAGCUGUGGGCUACGGCACACUGAACGGACAAGACUAUUGGCUGGUGAAGAACAGCUGGGGAACCCGUUUUGGCGACCAGGGCUACAUCCGGAUGGCACGCAACAAGGGCGACCAGUGUGGCAUUGCUCUGUACGCCUGCUACCCCAUCAUGUAGCUGCAUAUACAAUCGAAUUGAAUCUGUCAUCCCUACUUCUCUCUCUUUUUUUAAAUGUAUAAAAUAUUUUUACACUUAAAUUCUACACUGAUUAGAACAUUCUGAUUUGUUCUAGAAGUUUCUUUUAACUCACCUGAUGGACAGAUCUUGUCUUGAGUGUGUGUGCGUGUGUGUGUGUGUGUGUGUGUGUGUUUGAAACUAUAACAAAAAAAGACGAUGACCUCCUCACUGAGGCUCAGUUUCAGUGGGACAUACCAAUUCUGGAUCAAUAUAUCAGUUUAUCGAUCAGUCCAGUGUCGGCCUUUCAGUAAAUUCUGUGCCAUCGAUGCAAUGAAAAUGAAGAUCUGAUUUUGCAUCACCAGUUUCAGGUUAAGUGAUGAUCUCUUGUUGGUCAAUUUAGCUUUUACGUGUUAGGACAGAAGGAACGUCCAAAUCAAUACUCGUGUCUCUGGUAAAGAUCUCUGUUCUGUGUGCAUGCUGACGUGAGAACAUAUCCUGUUCCAGAUGCCUGCAGGCAAGUGACGUUUUAAUCAAAAAGAGAAGCCUGGUGGGUGACUUUUUUUUUAACCAUUGGGUGCGGCCAUUUUAGGUGUUUUGUUGUUUCUAGCCUUUAUGCUAACUGGAUGUUUGCUGUGAUUUCAUAUUUAGAGAACAGACUUUCCCAGCAAGAAAGCGAAUUUUGAACUAUAUUUUGAAAAGCUGCUAACCAAAGACUGUCAGUGAUAUGGAUGCAUGUUUUUCAGUCAGUUGAUUGAUCAGGAUACGGAACAUUGGCAUUUUCAUUUGAAUAAAAUGUUGAACAAAUAAAAAAAAUGAAAAUGUGUCAAGAA